ACUCGCGUCCGUUGCGCGUCGGCCCUAAGGUCGAUUUGCGCGUCCGGCGGAAGUCGCGGGUGAAGGGAGGAGGGAAACGCGACGAUUAGUCUCGCUAAGUUUCGUGACCAUGGCGGAUCCGUUGAGUCUGCUGCGGCAGUAUAAUGUCAACAAGAAGGAGAUAAUCGAACGCGAGAACCAGAUCAUAUUCGGCGAGUUCUCCUGGCCGAAGAACGUGAAGACCAAUUAUCUGACUUACGGAUCUGGAAAGGAAGGGACACCCAAGGAAUACUAUACGCUCGAGUGUCUCUUAUUCCUGCUCAAACAUGUUCAGCUUACACAUCCGGUGUACGUGCGACAAGCCGCCGCGGAGAAUAUCCCGGUGGUGCGCCGGCCCGACAGGAAGGACCUGCUGGCCUAUCUCAACGGCGAGACCGCGACGUCGUCCGCCAUCGACAAGUCGGCGCCGUUGGAGAUCCCGACGCAGGUGAAACGCGCUGCCGAGGAUGGCCUGGAGAGCGGCUCGUCGAAGAAGCCCCGCUUCGAGGAGACCCACGUGCAGAAGGUGAAGGAGCAGCUGGCCGCGCGUCUCGACGCUCCCAAGGAGGCCUCGGUCACCGUCGACAAUAUCAAGUCCCUGUCGGAGGCGAUGUCGGUGGAGAAGAUCGCCGCGAUCAAGGCGAAACGUCUGGCGAAGAAGCGCACGACCAUCAAGGAGAACGACGACAUCGGCAUGGGCUCGGAUCUGCGAGUGAUCCUCGACAUGGACGUGGACGACACCAAGGACAUCGUGUCGCGCGAGCGCCAGUGGCGGACGCGCGCGACCAUCCUGCAGAGCAGCGGCAAGAUCUUCGCCAAGAACAUCUUCGCGAUUCUGCAGAGCAUCAAGGCGCGCGAGGAGGGCAGGCAGAAGGGCCCGAUCGUGCCCGCGCCCAUGGUGACGCCGCGCUCGACGCCCAUGCGACCGCUGCCGCAGCCGGCCGUCUACAAUCGUUACGAUCAGGAGCGCUUCAUCCGGCAGAAGGAGGAGACGGAGGGCUUCAAGAUCGACACCAUGGGCACCUACCACGGCAUGACGCUCAAGUCCGUGACCGAGGGCACGAAUCCCGCCGUGAGGAAACCCCCGACCAAUCCGUCCGCCACGCCGACCUCCGGCCUGCUGCCGACCUCCGCCGCUAAACUAACGCCCCAGCAAGCCGCGCAGAACAAGCGACCCAGUCGAACGCCCAUCAUCAUCAUUCCCAGCGCCAACACGUCCCUCAUCACCAUGUACAACGCCAAGGACAUCCUCCAGGAUCUCAAGUAUGUCACCAAUGAGGACAAACGGACGCAGGGCUGCAAGCGGGAGAACGAGGUGCUUCUUCAACGGCGGAAGGAAGGCGGUCUGACCGUACCUUAUCGAGUAGUCGAUAAUCCACAGAAACUGACCAACGCCGACUGGGAGAGAGUCGUCGCCGUGUUCGUCAUGGGACCGGCAUGGCAAUUCAAGGGCUGGCCGUUCGAUGGCAACCCGGUGGAAAUCUUUUCGAAAAUAUGCGCGUUUCACUUGAAAUACGAUGAGAUGAGGCUGGACACGAACGUAGCGCGAUGGGCCGUCACAGUGAUCGAGUUGAGUCGGACGAAAAGGCACUUGGACAGAGCGGCGUUAAUGAUAUUUUGGGAGCAUCUCGAUAAGCAUAUGAUCAAGAACAAGCCGCAUCUUCGCUUCUGAAGUUGCGAGGCGAUUCAGAUUGCAGAAACGGAAACGGCAAUUACGCUGAUCGCGGCGCGGCGGCGUCCUGUGUUCCCGUCGGUUGGAAUUCUUAGGAUAUAGGGCCGCGUCGAGGGACAACCGUCGUGGCGAUGGUGUGUGUUGCGGACGCUGAUUGUGCGCGGAUAGAGGUACCCGCGAUAAGCGAUGUGAUGUGUGACAACCGGACCGUUGUCACAUUACGUUAGACGCGUUUACAUUUUAUUGUUGCUUGCACGAAUAAAGUACUAAAAAAAGAAAAAAAAAA